AUGGGGACCGAAAGUGUGGUGAGGGCCCCGCAGGAGCAGCCGGCCCUCGGAGGUCAGCGGUGUCUCUCAGAGGAGAGCCUGCGGUCCAGGCCUCGGACAUCAGAGAAGAUCCGGAUCGAGAUCAUCGCUCUGAGCCUCAGUGACGCUCGAGUGACCGCAGAUGACACGGUGCAGCGGCUCUUCGUGGAGUUCCGGCUCGGCGGCCUCCCUGCCGAGGAGACGCCCGUGUCGCUGCCCAAGCCCCGGAGGGGGCACUGGGUCCACUACAACUACAGCCACGUGAUCUACGUGGAUAAAGAAAACAACCAAGCGAAGAGAGACGUCUUAAAAGCCAUCCUGCGCCAACAAGAGACGCCUAACAGGAGGUACAGGACGCGUUCUGAGAGGCUGGUG